AUGGCCGCCGCUGGUGUUGAGUUCCGAUGCUCCGUCGGUGGUUUGGCAUGGGCCACCACCGGACAGUCUCUUGGUGAUAAUUUAUCUACGUUUGGCGAGAUCUUCGAAUCGAAGAUCAUCAACGAUAGCAAGACCAGGAGAUCAAGGGGGUUAGGAUUUGUGAAUUUCAAGGAUGAGCAAUCCAUGACGGAUUAUUGA